AUGUUGUCAGUGACAGGCUUAUACCACUGCUGCCUAUGUCUGUCUAGUAGCUCUCUCCUCUCUUUAUUGCAGAUUCAGAACAAGCUGAACAAGGCUUUGGAUGACAUGUCUGCUAGUAUGUGCACUCUGAAGAACGGGAUGAGCUACACUAAACAGCUGCCUUCUAAAGGUCUCUCUCAGAGCCAAGUGCUGGACAAAAUCAAAGAGUACAAGACUCUGAAUGAGGUGCAGUGGGAGAAAGGCUGUGUUUUGGGUAUAGUGUACUGGGGUGAUAAAACACUGACCAAACUCUUGGUGGAGGUAUAUGGAGACUUUGCAUGGAGUAACCCCCUUCACCCAGAUAUCUUUCCUGGUGUAAGAAAGAUGGAGGCAGAGAUUGUUCGAAUGACUUGCACACUUUUCCACGGAGGAGCUAACUCCUGUGGCACAGUUACCUCAGGAGGAACUGAGAGCAUACUGAUGGCCUGCAAGGCAUACAGAGACAUGGCGUAUGAACGAGGUGUCAAAUUCCCAGAAAUUCUUGCACCUGUGAGUGUCCAUGUAGCUUUUGACAAAGCAGCACAUUACUUUGGAAUGAAACUUGUUCACAUUCCUCUUGAUAAGAGAACUAUGAAAGUAGACGUGAAGGCUAUGAAGAGAGCCAUCAGCAAGAACACAGCAAUGCUCGUGUGCUCAGCGCCUCAGUUUCCUUAUGGAAUCAUUGAUCCCAUUGAAGAAGUAGCUAAGCUGGCUGUACGCUACAACCUCCCACUGCAUGUAGAUGCCUGUCUGGGGGGUUUCCUCAUUGUCUUCAUGGACAAGGCUGGUUACCCACUUGCCCCAUUCGACUUCCGGGUAAAGGGUGUCACCAGCAUCUCUGCAGACACCCACAAGUAUGGCUAUGCUCCCAAAGGUUCCUCAGUGAUACUCUACAGUGAUAAAAAGUACCGGCAAUACCAGUACUUUGUAGCUCCAGACUGGCAGGGAGGAAUCUACGCCUCUCCCUCUGUAGCAGGCUCCAGGCCAGGAGGAAUCAUCGCUGCCUGCUGGGCGAGCAUGGUUUACAUAGGAGAGAACGGAUAUGUAGAUGCCACCAGGAAGAUCAUCAGCACAACACGGAAAAUCAAAACGGAAAUCCAGAAGAUUGAGGGAGUGUUUGUGUUUGGAGAUCCAGAGGUGUCAGUGGUGGCGAUAGGCUCUGACGUCUUUGACAUUUUCCGUCUGUCUAAUGCACUGAUGUCGAAGGGCUGGAAUCUGAACCACCAGCAGUUCCCGUCCAGCAUCCACAUUUGCUGCACAGUUCUGCACACCCAGCCAGGCGUGGCUGAUCAGUUUAUACGUGAUGUCAGA